AUGGAACCACCGUUACCAGUGUAUCGAUCUCAUCCGUCGGGCGGCAAUAAUUCUCAAACUGAACUCGAAAAUCGUAUCCAGAGUUUGUCUGAUGGCGGACAACGAGACGAUGUCAAGCUCAAAACGUUACAGGUUUUCGUGGUAGCUCAGCAGAUUGAUGAAAAAUUAUCUGGUUUUAGGAAAUUUGGGUGAGCAUCGAGAACGAUUUCAUGUUGAACACACACGAAGCAGUCGUUAUCAAACUUAUCAAGGCCUUUCUCAAUGUCUUCUGCAGUACCAGCCCUCAGUUCAUUGCUGAGAACAACACACAACAAUUGCGCAAAUUGAUGCUAGAAAUCAUUCUGCGCCUGUCAAAUGUCGAAGCAAUGAAAGUGUUGAGCAGAGACAUCAUAAAGCAAAUGAUGCGGUUGAUUGCUGUGGAGAACGAGGAGAACGCGUGCCUCGCCAUAAAAAUUGUCACGGAUCAAGGAAGAAGCGCGGGGAAAAUGGUGUAUCAUCCAGAAGUCACAUCCGUCAUGAAUGCCUUUAAAAAGAUGGUCGCUGAUUUGACUAUCAAUGGCCGGACUGUCGACAUGUUCAUCAACAGAGAACAUCAAGUGCCGUCGCCGUCGAGUUCCGAUGAGCAGCUCAUCACAGAAUAUCUGAAGACGUGCUAUUACAGUCAGACGGUUCUUCUCAACGGACCGGAUGGGAAAGCGCCGUUAAAGUACAACAUGAUCCCAUCGGCUCAUCAGUCUAUCAAAGUUCUUCUGGAAAUACCAUAUCUCGUUGUAUUUUUCUAUCAGCACUUCAAAACUUCAGUUCAAACAGAAGCACUCGAUUUCAUGCGUCUCGGGCUCGAUUUUCUCAAUGUCACCAUUCCAAAGGAUCCGAAUCAGAGCAUCAAUCAAGCCCUGGCCGAUGACUUUGUCUGUGCUCAAUCGAAGUUUCUCUCUUUCGUUAAUAUCAUGGCGAAAAUUCCAGCGGUGAGGGAGAUCUUACUUUCUAGUCAGAUUGAUUGUUCCUUUUUCAGUUCAUGGAGUUGAUCAUGAACAACGGCAAUCUCCUCGUCACCGGAACUAUGCAGAUGCUCGAUCGUUGUCCGGCAGAUCUGAUCACUGUCCGCCGAGAAGUGCUAAUGGCACUCAAGUACUUCACUUCCGGAGAUAUGAAGAAAAAGUUCUUCCCGACGCUUCCACGUUUGUUAUCCGAGAAAGUCGUUCUCGGAACAGGCUUCACAGCCAUCGAUCAUCUCAGAGUGUUCAUGUAUCAGAUGCUCGCCGAUCUCCUCCAUCACAUGCGGAACACUAUCGAUUUCGAAAUGCUCUCACAGUAAUUUCAACUAGAAAAUGCGUGACGAAAUUCUUUAAAUGUUUUUCAGCGUAACAUACAUCUUCUGUCGCACUUUGCACGAUUCAACGAACUCCGCUCAAGUGCAAAUUAUGGCUGUCCGUCUUCUCAAUUCUCUGGCCGAGUCGUUGGUAAAAAUGGAUGCUACUGACACGGUACGCCAGGAACCUUUGAGAAACUCAACAAACUUUCCGAUUUCAGACAAGAGAGCUACUCCUCGACAUUCUAGAGGCAAACAUCGCCAAGCUCAAGAAUAUGGCUGUCUAUCAUAUGCCAAUUCUCUUCCAGCAAUACGGAGCAGACAUCGACUACGACUACAAGACUUUUGAAAGAGAUGGAGAGAGGCCGGGAGUCAACAUUCCGAAAGACACCAUCAGAGGAGUUCCGAAAAGAAGAACUCGCCGUCUUUCGAUUGACUCAGUGGAAGAGUUUGAGUUCCUCUCCAACGAACCGUCCACGUCUUCUGAAAAGGACAAACUGCCGCAGCCGACGAAGGAAGGGACGAAACUGACGUCUCCGGAGACUAUUCUCUCCAAUAUGGCUGCUCUUCCAGCGCCUCCCUUAGCUCUUGCGGACUCUCGGAAUCUCGUAAAGUAUAUUAUGCACUCGUGUAAAUUUGUGACGGGCCAGCUUCGAAUGAGCAGACCACCGACAGAAAUGUAUCACGUUGUGAGAGAACGAGACAUGUUCGAGAGACUUCUCCGAUACGGAGUGAUGUGCAUGGACGUCUUCGUGCUGCCCACGAGUCGGAGUCAACAGUCGACAUCGUCAUCGUCUACCAUGAGAACGAAGGACGAGAAGGACACUUUAGAGUCACUGGCGAAUGUGUUCACUACGAUAGACCACGCCAUCUUCAGGGAGAUAUUCGAAAAGUACAUGGACUUUUUGAUAGAGAGAAUCUAUAAGUUAGUUUAUUUUUUAUUUGUUCCCGGUCUUUCAGCAAUGUUAAGUGAGGAUUGCAGCAGAAAUUAUCCGUUACAACUCAUGGUCAACACUUUCCUCGUGCGGAACGAGGUCCCGUUCUUCGCCUCCACGAUGCUCUCCUUCCUCAUGUCUCGGAUGAAACUUCUGGAGCAGAGCAACGACAAAACGACGCUCUACGUGAAGCUCUUCAAGAUAAUCUUCUCUGCGAUAGGAACUAACAGUGCGGGGGUGCACGGCGACAAAAUGCUCACAAAUUACCUUCCGGAACUUCUGAGGCAGUCGACAAUUCUGGCGCUGACCGCAAAAGAACCACUCAACUACUUCCUUCUGCUCCGAUCACUGUUUCGUUCUAUUGGAGGAGGGGCUCAAGAUGUUUUGUACGGGAAGUUCCUGCAGUUACUGCCGAAUCUUCUUCAGUUCCUCAAUAAACUGACGGUUAGUUAUUUUCGGUUGGAUUAAUAGAAAAAUGUGGUUUUCAGUCAUGCCAUCAUCGUAUACAAAUGCGAGAGCUCUUCAUUGAACUCUGCCUAACUGUGCCAGUUCGUCUCAGCUCACUCCUUCCCUAUUUGCCGCUACUGAUGGAUCCGUUGGUUUGCGCAAUGCACGGCAGCCCGAAUAUAGUCACCCAAGGUCUGCGGACUCUCGAAUUGUGUGUGGACAACCUUCAACCGGAGUACUUGCUCGAGAACAUGGUCCCAGUUCGUGGGGCUCUCAUGCAAGGUCUAUGGCGUGUUGUCUCCAAAGCUCCGGACACCACAUCCAUGACCGCCGCAUUCAGAAUUCUCGGAAAGUUCGGAGGCUCGAACCGGAAGUACUUGUGGCAGCCACAGAUUUUGAACGUCGUUAAACUAACUGACGUAAGUUCCCGCACCUUUACAGUUUACUAACGCUUACCCGCCCAGAGAGUUCAGUCUUACAUCAACAUGGAAUUCUCACGAAUGGGACUCGACGGCAACCACAGUCUCCAAUUGCCACUUUCCGAAUUGAUGAGAAUAGCCUGCGACCAGAUGCGUUAUCCCGGCGACAUGCUGCUCAAUCCGAGUCCGACUGCUCCUCCGAGCUCCCAAAUGAAGAGAUGGUGCAUGGAACUGUCGAAGUCGGUUCUUCUGGCUGGUCUCGGCUCGUCUGGUAGCCAUUUUGCUCCUCACGGAGGUCUUCCACAGUUGAUCAAGAAGCUUCUCACUGAAUUUGAUCCGACCAAGCGAACGACCGAAAUCUUCAUCUGUCAACGGGAAAACGAUCGGGAACUGUUCGUCAAUGCCAUUCUAGCCAUGGCCUGUACGUUAUCCACUCGUUUCAAUUUCGCUUUCAUUUAAAAUAUUUUAUUCAGAUGGAAUAUGGAACAAGGACAAUUUCCGGCACAUGUACAGCAAAUUCUUCGUCAAAGUGGUGCGACAGUUCGCGUUGGUCGGAGUUCUCGAAUACGUGGGCGGAAACGAAUGGAUCCGAGAGGCAGAGAAGGACGGCGUCAUCGGACUGUGCCUGGAUUCUUCCGUCAUGAUCGAAGUCAUCGUUACCUGUCUUUCCGAGACUGCGAACAGCUUCAUAUAUGCGGGAAUAAUGUCUCUUCGUCACGUGUGCGACACCGUUUGUCUCGCUCUCCCGGAUGUUAAUCAGAUGUCAAAAGUGCCAAUGUGCCGCUACUUGAUGGAGAAAGUGCUGAAAUUGUGCUAUGGACCAGCCUGGUUCGCCAGAACAGGAGGAAUCACCGCCCUCGGGUUCAUGAUCGAUUCGUUCCCUCGCAGAUUUGUGAUGGACUUCGUGCUUGACGUCGUUGAUGCAAUGAUUGAAGUUAUUCUGGGGACAUGUGAAGAGAUCUCGAGUGGAUCGGCCGAUCUCGCGUUCGAUACACUAAAGAAGAUGAUGCGAGUCUAUUUCAUCAAGGAUAUCGAGAAGAGCGAAGAGAACGAGACUCUGGUCGCUAUUUUCCUCGCCGUCAUCGCCAAAAACUUCUUCCAUUACAACGAAAGAGUCAGAGUGUUCAUGUUCAAGCUGAUGGAGUAUUGUCUGGAACAGUCAAAUAUCGAACCGACUAUCGAAAAGUUCCUUUUCCGAUUCAAACACUUUUUCGAGCCGGAAGUCAUUCGGAUUCUGUCGACCGCCCCCUCAAUGUCCCUAUCCGAUUCCGUUGCAAGCUUCGCCGCUCUUCAUUCCUUCGUGGUCGCCUGUCCGAUUGGAUUUGAUUUCGAAGAGGACCCGGAAAUGUACAAGCGAUUCCUGAACUACUUGCUCGACGUUGCUCAGACCGACACGUACACUCUCAGUCAACGGAUUAAGUUCAAAAAGUGCGAGACCUGUCCGUCGCACUUCCUGCCUCCUUUCUCAAUCAUACAACAUCUCGACAACAUGCGUACACACGCCCUUCAGUGCAUCGUGGUUGCGUAUAGCCAAAUGAAGAAAGAGUACGAAGAGAGAAUGGACGAAUCAGGAAUGGACAUUGAACAGACCGAAGAGGCAAUGAUUGAGAUCAUGGCGUUGAGAGCUCCAAAAAUCACAGUGGAAAUGGUUUUCGAGAACAAGGAGACCUGGCGGCGACUGAUGACUGUGCUUUUGAGAGCAGACACCGACUUGGACUGUCCGGAAAUUGCACAGAAGCUUCAUCCAGGACUUCUGAAAGUGUCACCCAUCCCCACGAACAUCAUCGCAACUUUCGGAGCCACCCAGAUUCGCAACAUAAAUCGUGCCAAUGAUGAGAGUCUUUCCGAAGAGGAGCGUGUUAUUUCGUACUCGGAUAUCUCCAAGUUCAAGUGUUUGAUGGAGUUGAAUAUGAAGAUUCUGGGAAAGAAUAUGGCUCAGAACCUUGCGAAUCAAGUGGUCAAUUACAAAAUGAGCGAGAAGAUUUCGAAAGUGUUGAGUCUUCCACCAAAAGCGACCGAAGAGGAAGUUGAAGCAUACGAUCAAGAUAAACUAAAAGGAGUUCGCGAGUUGGAGUCGAUUGGACAGAUUGCUAACAUGCUCGCUUCUUGCUCAAUGAACAUUCUCACUGACACCAUGGUCGUCGAGUUGGCCCGUUUCGCCGCGCACUUCGAAUACACCUACUCUCAAGAUGUGCUCGUCAACUGGAUUGAUGACGUGGCCAAUAUUCUGAGCAAGAGCCCUGUCGAAGUUUGGAAGUUCUUCAUGACGAAGGAGUCGGUUCAUGAUCCAGCGCGUCGUGCUCUUGUCCGCCGACUCAUUACGUAUCCUCAAAGCGAGCCGUUACGGCAAGCUUUCAUUGACAAUCCGGAAUUCCUGGAACGACUGAUCGAUGUGGAUUCGGAAAUGUGGAAGGAUGAAGCCGAGUUGGACAUUUGGGAUCGAGAAAUGUACGCAUUGUCCCUAGUUGACCGUAUCUCCCGCUCCUGCAAAGAGUGGCUCACGUCUCCUUUGUCACCGAUUCCAAAGCUCAAGGAGCUCAACAAGCAUCCUGACUUCAAGCAGAGAUAUGUGGUUCGUGAAGUGAAUGGAGAGGAAAUGAAAGAGAUCAAAGUGAUGGCGAUGACGGAGCACAAGUACAAAGUGCCCAAACUCAUCAUCAAUAUCUUCCUGCGGUAUUUGAGGUAAAUCGAUUUUCUGAUUGGCACACAACUAAAUUCGAACAUCUCCUUUCAGACUAAACAUCUACGACUACGAAAUGUUCUUUGUCGUCGUCUCAGUGUUCAUUGGAAACCACAUCACCGAUUUCGGUUUCGUGCGUGAAUAUAUCGAACAAGAAGUGAUUCCGACGAUGCCACUCAACUGGAGACGCGAAUUAUUCAUCAAAGUGAUGGAAAAGUUUGAGACGGACGGUAAAAAAGUAGCCAUUGACAUGGGAAUGGUGAAAACUCUGCAAUAUCUCGUGAUUCCUUCUCUCCAAUGGGCCUUCGAAAGGUACGAUACGGACGAGAUUGUGGGAACGGCUCCUAUAGACGAUUCGGAGACGUCGAUGGAUGCGGACUCGUCUGCGAACAUGGAGAAUUUGGUCGGACGACUCGCUUCCGUCAUUGAUGCUCACCGACAGAAGCUUAGCGACGGAAUGGUCAUCGUGUUCUAUCAGUUGUGCACUCUGUUCGUCCAGCACGCCUCCGAUCACAUACACAACAACAACUGCAAGAAACAGGGAGGACGUCUCCGCAUUUUCAUGCUCUUCGCGUGGCCAUGUCUCACUCUCGCCAACCACCAGGACCCGACAAUGCGAUUCACUGGCUUCUUCUUCCUCUCCAACAUUAUCGAGCGGUUCACUAUAAAUCGGAAGAUUGUGCUGCAAGUGUUUCAUUGUCUCACAACAACCUAUCAACAAGACACGAGAGAUCAGAUCAGAAAGGCUAUCGACAUUCUGACGCCGGCCGUGAAGACGCGAAUGGAGGACGGGCAUCAGCAGAUCUUGUCGAAUGUGAAGAAAGUGCUCAUAGAAGAGUGCCACAAUCUUCAACACAUUCAACAUAUUUUGUAAGCAACUCUCUUCAUAACUCGGCUAUUUUACUUGUGUUUUCAGCCAUAUGGUCGUUCGUAACUACCGUGUCUACUACCAUGUCCGCCACGAACUUCUCACUCCUCUGCUCAACGCCGUUCAGAGAGCUCUCGUCAUGCCGAACAGUAGUUUAGAAACGUCAGAAAAGUCUCUGGCCCUUCCCCCCACAAACCUUCAAUUUCAGAUGGGCAAUCCGUAAGCAUGCGAUAGAAAUUUGCGAAAUGGUCGUCAAAUGGGAACUCUUCAAAAAUAUGAAGCCGGACCAUGUAAUCACAGACGAAGAAGCUUACGAAGUGGACAGACAACUGGACAAGCUGCGCUCCUCCUCUGCGUCGGAUCGAUACGAGUUCGAAGAGUCGCAGGGCAAAUUGAACAUGCCGGACUCGCAACGGCCGAUCAGACAGGAACACGUGGACACCAUCGUCAACAUGCUCAUCAGGUUCUGCAUCAGCUUCCAGAAUCAGCCGGUUUCCGCAGGCGUUACUGCGGUUCAGCAAGGGCCAGAGUUGACGAGGAAGAGUCAGAUGCUUCUACGCGCCUCGCUCCGUCCGAGUUUGUGGGGAGAGUUUGUGCAAAUUCGAAUUGCGAUGCUCGAAAAGUACUUGACGAUCGGCCAGGAAGGAUACAUGCGAUAUGAUGGAGGUCAUUAUUCACAUUCUGUCACCUGUCAGAAUGCUCAAUUUGCUUUAGAAAUGCUCAGUGUAGUGAUCAUCGUCAUGCCAAAAGCAAAUCUGAUGACAUUGGUGCGAAACCUUCAGAAAUCACUCGUUUCGUGUCUCUCUACAGGAAAUGCUCAGGUAAACUGGAAAACAGGUUAAAUUUCACUGUCAAAGAGUUUUAUAUUUUUAAGGUUGUGCGUCUUAUCACCCAAAUCGUCGGUCGUCUCCUUGAGAAAACGCAUUCGUCGGCGAACGGUUUGGACGAGCUAGAAACACUGAACAAAUACAUUCAACAAUUCAUCGGCGAACAGUUCAGCAUGAUAUCCAAGUUUGCAAUCGCAUCUCUAUCCGAUAGCAUUAAAAACAGUUCCAGAAACCUGAAUACCGCAGUCCUCUCUGUUCUCGGAGCCUUCUCGCUGCUCCGGACGAUGUGCACUCACCAACCCGCCUAUCUCCACCACUUCCUUUCGCAAUUCGUGAUGAUCAUGGAUAGAGCGUGCAAAGAGCAUAUCAACCAGGUGCAAACUGUGAGCGAUCCAAAUGUUAUCAGACGUAAGUCAACUUUUUAAAAGCCCGAAAACCUUCUUCCAGUUUUAGAUCUUUCCGAUCUUUUGUGCAUUGCCAUGGAGCUCGUCCGGCCGAGAGUCGACUUCAUUAAUGUUGAAACGAAACGAGCGAUUGCCACGAUUAUCUCGGAUCUCGUUAUCAAAACCAGUUCUGACAAGAUUGUUCAAUGGGCGGUCAAACUGCUCGGAUCAAUGAUGAGCCAGAAGGAUCAAGCACAUCACGAUUUCACGAUUGGCACAGUCCUCCCGACGCUUGUUCGAAUUCAGAAUCUUAUUAUGAACAAAUUUAAGAGCAGCAAAGAUCUGAUAACCGAUUUCCUGGUCGUCAUAAUCAAAGUGUUCGAAAACGCUGACUACCGCGGUUCGGAGGCUGGAAACCACUUGUGGGAAGGAUUCUUCUGGGGACUGAAAAGCAGCGAUUCGCAGACGAGAGAUAACUUCUUGGUUGUUUGGGAAAUGACGUGGCCGCACAUGACCACUGUCGACAUGGUGCAUCGAAUGAAGUUCAUCAUGCAGAAUCAGGAUUGGUCCAAAUUCAAACAUGCAUUCUGGCUGAAGUUUGCACUUUGGGGAAUGCUGCGAACGAUUGCGAGACGACCGACGGAUCCGAACAAUCGCAGAAAGAAGGUGAUUCUAUUCAAUUGCGCAUCUCCGUGGAGAACGAUGGAAUACGCGGUAAAGAUGAGGCAACAACAACAGAAUGUUCCGAUGGACGUGGAACCGAAGCAAGAGGUGCCGGAGCCGAUGGAGGAAGGCGAAAAUAGAGAAACCAAAGAUCACCCGAAAGAAAGAGAGAAACUGACACUGGACACGUUGCUCAGCGAGCAACAGGAAUUGCUCGAAGAAGCCGCUAAAUAUGACUUCGCAGAUGCUCUCGAUACAGUUUCUCAGAUAACUUUCGGGCUUAGCGGUGAGAAUAUUUCAGAGAUAAGGGAAAAAACGUACCUUUUUUCAGAUACAAAAGUGACGGGCAAAAUGUGGAUCGUGCUGUUCAAAUCGUUCUGGGCCUCCUUGUCACCGUCGGAAAUCGACGAGUUCAAAGUUUUGAUCGUACCGUUCCUGAGCAGCGGAGUGCAUAACUACUACCAGAGCGGCCUGCAGGACAGUGUUCUGGCAGUUUGGCUAGAAGCCGUUGGAGACGCAAUGCCCCUUCCGUCCAGACUUGUGGAGUUCAUCUCUUCGAAGCACGAGUGCUGGCACACUGGAAUCAGACUUCUUGAGAAUAGCAUAUGGACGAUUCCGAAGCAGUUGAACAAUCAUUUGCUCCGCGAAAUGAACGUCUCUCCAUUGUUGGCCACUGAUAUCGAGACUCUGGAAUCUCUGGGCGCAUUGUAUCAAGAAAUUUCGGAGUUUGAUCAGUUUGCAGCCAUUUGGGAGCGUCGAGCUGUUUUCCCGGAGACAAUGAAAGUAAUGGGGAUGAUGCAGCUGGGAGACAUUGAACAGGCAGCCGUCACUCUCGAAAAGAUGAUGACUGCGCAGUUUGAGGCACUUGCUCCGACCAUCAAUCGUAAGUUGCACUUGACGGUUCUCUUCCUUUCUUAACCAAUACAUUUCAGCGAAUGGAACUUCGAAUUCGGAAAAGCAUGUCUCGCCGAUCAUUGACAAGGAAUACGAUCACUGGAUGGAUAUGUACAUCACCAGCUGCUCGGAACUUCUCCAAUGGCAGACUGUCGCCGAUGUGUCGAACAGCAAGGACAUGCAGAACGUGCGAGGACUCAUAACCGCCGCUUCGCACAUUCCCGAUUGGGCAGUGGUCGAAGAGUGCAAGAAUCAAAUCGCCGGUUGUAUCCCUCCGAACUUUCAUCUCGAGUACACCAUGUUCAAUCUGAUGAGCACUGUGAUGGUGAGGAAAAUAUUUUUUUUUUUCGUCAAAGCAUUCAAUUCAUCUUAACAUUUAAGCGAAUCACGGACAGCACGACGGCAAGCAAGGACAGAUGCAAAUCUGCCGUUCAAGAGGCUAUAGACGCGCACAUCAGUCGCUGGAGAGCUCUCCCGUCAAUUGUUUCCUAUGGACACGUGAAAUUGCUCCAGUCGAUGAAUCUGAUUAGAGAGAUCGAGGAGUCGACUGAAAUUCGACUGGCGCUACUCGACCCGCCAAAUAAGACGGAUCCUGGAUUGAUGGCCGACAUGAAGACUCUGAUGAAAGUGUUCCGUAACCGAGGUGCUACCACUUCUGACGAUAUGAGCGCCGUUGCUACCUGGUAUGACUGGAGAAAUCAGAUUCACGGAAUGAUGCUGCAGAGAUUUGACUUCUGGGACAAGUCUGGAGUAAGUUUCUGAAAAAAGAAUGCGUCUCUAUGAUUAGAAAACGUUUAAGCUCAACGUUGCCGGAACGGGGAAUCAAUCCAUCGUUCCGAUACACUCGAUGGCUCAAGCACAGCUUUUGUGGCCAAACACGCAAAGCAUCAAGGAUUCCACAGUCUGGCUAAAGAUCUCCUCAACAAACUGGCCGGAUUGACUGCGAUUCCGAUGAUGGAUGCGCUGGACAAGGUGUGCACGUACGGAAAGACACUCAGAGACAUGGCGAUAAACACGACGGACGAGAAAUUGAGAAGCGAACUGUUGCACGAAGCUCUCGAAGUGCUCGAGGAUGUUCGCAUAGACGAUUUGCAGAAGGAUCAGGUCGCCACGUUGCUUUAUCAUCGCGCAAAUGUGCACUCGGUUCUCGACCAGUAAGUGCCUUUCUAAGAACCCUCGUAACCACAGAAUUCAAGUUACAGAAGCCAUAAUGCCGAUGCCACGUUCUCAGCGGCCGCCCAACUGGUCGAUCUGCAUAGCAACGUAAACAUAACCGGCAUUAAACUGAUGAAAAACUGGGGUCACCACCUCUACAAUCGAUUCUUCUCGACGACAGUCUGCAAGGAGACGGGCAACAACUACGGACGACAGGCACUCUCUUGCUACUUCAUCGCCGCCCGCGUCGAGUCGGACAUCAAAGCUCGCAAACCGAUUGCAAAGAUUCUGUGGCUGGCGAAGCACUUGUCUGUGUGCGGAUCGAAUGAAGCAUUGAACCGGGUGAUCAAGUCGCAACUGCACUCUCUGAACCUCUUCAACUGGGUCUAUUGGCUGCCCCAGUUGGUCACCGAAGUCCGCCAUAAACCCUCUUCCAACUUUGUGCUCAUUCUUAUUAGAGUAAGCUACCCUCUCCUAAAAACUAAUUUCUCCAACAUUUUCUUUUCAGAUAGCCUCUGCGCAUCCACUGCAAGUGUUUUAUUAUCUUCGCGAAGCCGUGUCGAAUGAAGCGAUCGACGCAGUUUUCCGGGAAGACUACAGUGAUAAGGAGAUGUCCAUGGACGCGUCCGAUGAUGAAGCAUUUGCCAACGACGAACCCUUUGUCCGAAUCUUAAAGACUUGCCUCAAGUAUCGACCGACCGACGUUCGCGUCUUCCAUCGUCUUCUCAAAGAAAUGGAGGAGAUGGCUGAGACCUGGGUGGAGAGACAUCUCCGAUUCGCACUCGCCAUCAAAAACCAGAUGUUCGAAGACUUCUCCGAGCAACUGGAUGCUCAUUUCAACGAGAUGCAGUUCUCGGAUAAAGUGAAAUUAUUGACGGCACAAUGGAAAGAGCAACUGCUAGAAGACCUGAAAUACUACGAAGAGAACUACGCACUUGACAUGCUUCUGCUUCGUAACAAACGGAAAAUGAACGUGACGAAAGGAUUCAUGGGUUCUGAAAAGAGUCAUAUAAUGUUCGAGAAGGAAAUCAGCCAAGUGUUUUCUGAUCCGCCAGGCAUGGAAGACGAGCAGGUGUUUGUGAAGAACGUCACCGGAAUCAUACUGCCAUAUCUCGAUGUGACCGCUCCCGAUACCGCCCAUCCUCAGAUGUACAUUCGCUCCGUAGUUCACUGGAUCAAAAUUAUUCGCACUCGUUUGGAUCUCCUUCCAAAGAAAGUGCCCACGGAGCCAUCUAGCCCGUACCUUGCCCGAUUCAGUCACCAAACUGGAUGCAUUGAAAUGCCGUUCGACCUGUUGAAUGGGCUCCGUCCGAAAAACCACAAUUUGAUGGCCACCAAUCUGACCGGGCAGUACAUCUCGAUGAUGUCUCGUUUCGAGCCGUUCUUUGAAAUUGUUGUGAAAGGAGGCCAAGUGAUGCGCAAGAUCUACAUGAGAGGACAGACCGGAAAGAGUGCCGCCUUCUAUCUCGUGAAGUCGGUGCAAGACGUAAAGACGAACCGCGUGCCACAAAUGCUCAAACAUCUCGAUCAUGUUCUUCAUACGGACAGAGAAUCCUGCCGACGUCAUCUAGCUGCUCCGAUGGUUCAUCAAAUGAGACUUGGAAAGAAUACAAUGCUCUACGAGAUCGUCUCUGUUCAGCCGUACGCAAUUCCAGCAGAUGUCACCAGAAAUUAUCCGGCAUCCCAAAUUGAUAUCUGUCAUCCGUAUGACGUUGUGACCACCGCGUUCGGAAACUCUUCUCCAGAUGAAAUGGUUCUUCACUUCUUGAAAGAUUCGCCCAAAGUGCUGCUUCCAUCGGACAACCACUGCCAAAUCUGCCGACAGAGGGUGCAUCCCAAUCUGCCCCACGACUUACCGAGUCCCAUCACAUCAAGAAUAUCAUUUAUGAGUGAGUCUCCUUUUCAAUCAAAAGUUUCAAUCAACAAUGAGAAUGUUUACAGAGACUUUGCGAGAGACAUGAUUCCAUUCCGUCUCCUUUACGACUACCUGGCCACCCGCUACCCGGAACCAGUCAUGUACUACACAAUGCGGAAGCAGUUCAUUCACAGUCUCGCCGUCCUCUCUACAAUCGAAUAUCAUUGCAAUCUGACGCCGAUGGGACCUCAUCAAAUGAUGAUCACCCUUAAUACGGGAGUGAUGAGCAAUCCGUUCUACCGUUUCGAACUGGGCAAAGGACGUAGUCUGCAGGAAAUACAGCAUUUCGGACACGAGGUGCCAUUCCGGCUCACUCCGAAUCUCUCGAUUAUGGUCGGUGUGGCUCAAGACGGAGAUUUACUGUGGAGCAUGGCGGCCGCGUCGAAGUGUCUGCUGAGGAAAGAGCCGGAGAUCGUGAUGCGUCCGUUGCUUUGGGACGAGUAUGCGAACAACGUGGAAUCGGAGAACAUGGUAAGUUGAGGAACAGUGAGAUAAAAUAAAUAACGUCAUAAGGAUAAGCAGGUGUACGUGUGCCACGCGGCCAACUCGUAUGUUACGGGUGUUUCGAACAAGCUGAAGAACACGAACAGUGCGGACGCGAAAAUCAGGAAGGACGACUGCGUGUCGCUGAUCAGCCGGGCCAAGGAUUCGGACAACCUGGCAAGGAUGCCGCCGACCUAUCUCGCAUGGUAUUAG